AUGUCUAAAGAAACUGUUUUAAUUACAGGCGCUACAGGUUAUAUUGCACAACAUAUCGUCAAACAAUUGAUUGAGAAGGGAUAUAAAACAAUUGGUACAGUCAGAUCAGAACAAAAAGGUGAGAAUUUAAAAUCAUUAAUCAAAGAAGCUGGUUUAGAUUCUGAUUUGUUUAGUUAUGUUAUAGUUCCAGAUAUAAUUAAAAAGGAAUCAUUUGAUAAAGUAUUUGAAGAAAAUCCACAAAUUAGUAUAGUUUUACAUACUGCUUCUCCAGUUGAUUUCGCAGUAGAUGAUGUUCAAAAGGGAUUGGUUGAUCCAGCUGUUUUAGGAACUAAAAAUAUUUUACAGUCAGCUCAACAACACGAGAAUAUUAAACAUUUAGUAAUCACAUCAUCUACAGCAACUGUAAAUGACACAACAAAUUCAACUCCACCAGGUACAGUGUUAACUGAAGAUUCAUGGAACAAAGUCACUCAUUCACAUUUAAAACAUUCAAAAGAUGCAGAUACGGGUUACAGUUUGAGUAAAACUUUAGCUGGUAAAGAAGUUGUUAAAUUUUUCGAAAAUGAAAACCCAAAUUUCACAAUCACUUCUGUAUUACCAACUUAUGUAUUUGGUCCACAAGCUUUUGAAGUUAAAGAUAAAUCACAAUUGAAUUUUUCUGCUGAAUUGGUUAAUAAAGUUUUGAAAUUAAAACCCAAUGAAGAGAUUCCACCUAUUGUUGGAAACUUUAUUGAUGUAAGAGAUGUAGCUCACGCUCAUAUUAAAGCUUUUGAAAUUUCAAAAGAAACUAAUGGUAAAAGAUUGGUUUUAGUUAAUGGACCAUGGACUAAUCAGUUAUUGGCUUAUAUUAUUAACAAGAAUUUCCCACAAACUGAUAUUCCUAAAGGUUCAAAAGAAAAAUCUGAUGAAGAAAUUAAACAAAAUGGUCAAAAAUAUGAUUAUAGUAAGACUGAGAAAUUAUUGGGAUUUGAUUAUAUUAGUUUGGAAAAAUCUGUUGUUGAUUCCGUUCAACAAAUUCUUGAUGCUAAAUAG